CAACCUGUCACUUUGAUUUUGUUCUCACUCGAAAAGAAAAGUCCAAUAAAAUAACAAGCUCGCCCAUAAAAAUACACAAUAAAUAGCAAAUUUAGGCAAGAAAAAUGUAUAAAACCUCAACGACUAGGAUGUUUAUAGCGUAAAUAAUCACUACUGUGAUACAUGGUGAUGGCUAAUGAACCCGGCGACGAGACACUGAAGAAAGAGUUGGAAAUUUUGCAAUCGAUGAUUGAUGUUUCUGCUACAACUUUAGAGGGGCUCAGGACACAAUGCGUAACCAGUGCGGAGCUCACGCGACAAGAAAUUCGGACUCUAGAGGGCAAGUUAAUCAAGCUAUUUUCUCAACAACUAGUAACAAAAUCCAAAUUGAAAAUCAUCUCAGGAAUCCACACUCCCUAUUUGAAACAAUGGCUUCAAAUUGUCGGUCUGGAAACUGCUUCAGUUUCAGCUCUGUCUCAAAGAAUAUCCUCAGUAGAAGAAUUACAAGAAAAAACUGAACAUGAAAUCCGAACAAUACUGGGUGACAAACAAAGCACCACCGAAGAAUUAUCCAGACUGUCUCGAGCUCUACACAAUCUAAAAAGAUACACUGACGUCUUGAAACGUGGAGACCAGUCCAGCUACGAGACCCAAGACUCACACCUGUCCUGGGACUCUUGGGAUCGCAAUUAUUUGAAAAUAAAGCAUGGGCUGUCGCCUAGAGCGACUAGGACGCGUGCCACAAGAGCGUCGGUGCCCUCUGAAGAAAACCUGUACAACAACAAUCAUAAAACUGGGGCUACAAUUGCGCCCAGUCCUUCUGUUUCCAGUAUUAAUUCUUUGAAUGCUAGUAGUGCAGUUUUAGGACCACCAGAGUUUGGUACUAGUGUGUUCAGUUUGCCUAAAGAACGUGGAAAAGAGAAAAAAUUCCCUACAACUCCUCCUGCUAAAAGAAAACAGCUGGUCACAAAUGCUGGACUGUUGACCGAUUCCUUUCCUUUAACCAAAAGCAAAUCUCACGAGUCUCAACUUGCUGAAACCAAGGGCAAAAGUAAUGGAGAUGUCAGUAAUAUAAAUGAAACUAGAAACGGAACAAGAAGAGGCCGAUUGCCCACUGAACCCGGUCCAGAAACCACAGGUUUUACCAGCCCCGUAUUGACAAGUCCUAUAAAAUCACCACCUUCAUCCUACAACUCUAUUGGUAAUGACAGCGACGAUUCCAGCAACAAAUCAAUGAGGCUGCAAGUGCCCAAAUCACCCCAAACGCCUCCAAUGAAGGGUAGCAUGACACACCAAAUCGCCCACAGGUUUCAAAUGACCAUUAAACUGACCGCGAUUUGCGACAUGUGUGGUCAAAAGAUAUUCGGCAAAGUGAUGAAAUGUCGAGAGUGCAAGUAUUGCUGCCAUAGAGAUUGUCAGGAAAAGGUACCACCUUCUUGUGGGUUACCACACGGUUACCUUACAGCUUUUAUUGAAAACUAUGAAGGCAAUCAAGGUAGUAUUUGUUAUUCACCUACAAGUGGACGUACAAGAAAGUCAAAUAGUAUAGUCAAUUCGCUGGCAAGAGUAGGACUCAGAAAAGGCUCACAUCCUUCUACUACUUUUAACAAUACACAGUUUCCUCAGCCUCUAGACAGCAGUUCAAACACAUCGAGCUGCAACAGCUCCACCCCAUCCAGUCCAGCAGUGCACACUACGCCACACAGCAACCAAAGGCAGUUUCAUUUUCCAGACGUUCAAAGUAGCAGUGAACCGAUCAAAGAAGUCACCCUGGAAACUCACCCUUUACCGGCCGUUUCAUCGCCAAGACAUCACGAAAUUGUCAGCAGUCAAUCGUCCAGGGAAAGUGAAAAGACUGUAAGUCAAGCCUCAAACAGUAACAGUUCGGAUUCGGAUCGGACACCUGUUAGGCUAGAUUCGCAAGACAGUCAAGUGUCUGAUACUGAUACACUGACUGAUGUUCAUAUGGCAAGACAAAAUAGUUUAUCAUUGAAAGAAUGGGACAUUCCAUAUGAUGAACUGAAAAUGUUCAAAGAAGUUGGUACAGGUCGUUUUGGCACAGUGUUUCGCGGUUACUGGCACGGCGACGUGGCAGUGAAACUGUUGAACGUCAAAGAUGAUAAAACGCUGGAACAGUUCAAAAUGGAAGUGGCAAUUUUUCGUAAGACGCGCCACGACAACUUAAUACUGUUCAUGGGCGCUUGCAUGAAACCGCCCAAAUUGGCCAUCGUGACUAGUUUUAGUAAGGGCAAUACAUUGUUCACUCAUAUUCACUUGAGGAAGGAUAAGUUUAAUAUUAACAAGACUACGAUGAUGGGUCAGCAAAUUUGUCAGGGUAUGGGCUAUUUGCACGCAAAAGGUAUUGUCCACAAAGACCUAAAAACGAAAAAUAUUUUCCUGGAAAAUGGAAAAGUUGUGAUAACUGAUUUCGGUUUGUUUAGCGUUACGAAACUGUGCUUCGGAUAUAGGACUGAAAGCUUAAGCAUUCCGUCUGGAUGGCUGUGUUACUUGGCUCCGGCAAUAAUGCGGGCGCUGGACGCUCACAGGUUUCAAGAAAACGAGUUGCCCUUUACAAUAUUUUCCGACGUUUACGCUUUUGGUACGGUUUGGUACGAGCUUCUUUGCGGCGAGUGGCCUUUCAAAAAUCAACCCCCCGAAGCUGUCAUUUGGCAAGUGGGCAAAGGCAUCAAACAACCUUUGGCUAAUUUGCAAGCCUCUGCCGAGGUCAAGGAUAUUUUGAUGCUCUGUUGGCAAUUUAAAGAGGAUAAGAGACCAGAUUUUCAAAAACUUUCCGAUAUUUUGGGAAAGUUGCCCAAAAAGAAACUGGAAAGGAGUCCGUCGCAUCCAGUUCAUUUGAGCCGAUCCGCCGAGUCUGUAUUCUAAAUUAUUUGCCAGUGUUGUCAGAAUUUCUAUUUAAUUUAAGCUGUGAUUAUUGUCCUAUAUUUGUUAUUAUGCCAUUGUAUAGUGUUAUUAUUACACUAGGAUUAGUUGUAUAAAAACAAGGUGUAAAUAAUUAUUUCCCCACAAGUUAUUGUAAAUAAUGUUGAACAUAUUGCAUUCCUGAAAUUUUCUUGAAACUCUAGUCAAUUUUAUCUGAAGAAAAAGAUGAGAAAUGGAUCUCGCUGGCUUAUUUUUCAAAUUACUCUUUAACUUAUUCACGAGUUGAUGUAAAAAUAAAUAGAUUAGGGCGAACAAAAUAAACAAAUAAAUACAAAUCAAUUUUGUUUGUGUAUUAUUUAAUUGAUUAUUAAGGUAAUUUGGUGACAAUCCAAGGUAAUCGUCCAGUUUUCUUAAAAUAAUAAUAGUCAUAAGCCAAUUUACUGAGUACAAAAACAAUUAAAAACGCUAAAAUUCCAUUUAACAAAUCUAGGGCUUCUUGGAUAGUGUAUUCAGAAGGCGAGUGACAAACCGAGCUUCUAGAUAAAU